CUCCAACCAGCCACUGAGAUCCUCAGUGAUAUGCGAGACUCGACGCUGCCCUCAGGCAAAAAAAGGGCUCCGCCAUGGCCAUCCACACGCCGCGCGAGGCUGACCUGUCCUGCUUGAGUCGACUUUGCCUGCUGUCUCCGUAGCACUGGAUAGUGCACUCUCUCAAACUACUGGCAGAAGAUGUCAGUGUCCUUCUCUGGUUCAUGACAUGCCCUCAUCCGCCACCUCUCCUCAGAGCGCCGGCCAAAAGCGAGCGUAUCCCGCUGACGAACCCCUCCUCCAACCAGCACAGGAUGUUGCGGUGGCGGCCUCAACCAACUCCCCUCCUCCCCUCUCAGCUGCUUCGGCCACCUCGGCCUUUAGAAAUGUCUCGGCCUGCAACCGCUGUCGCAUCAGGAAGAAUCGUUGCGAUCAACGUCUCCCUGCCUGCUCCACUUGCGAAAAGGCCAAUGUCCGCUGCGUAGGCUACGACCCUAUCACCAAGCGGGAGAUUCCUCGAAGCUAUGUCUACUAUCUCGAGACGCGGCUGGCAUAUUUCGAGCAGCAGCUUAAGGCGCAUGCGAUUCCUUACAAUGCCGCCGAGGUGUACAAUGCAGAGUCCAAGGAGCUGGGCGACCCCGUCCAAUCGCCGGGCAGCGCAAAGAGUUCUUGGAUAGGACCGCAAUCCCCGAGUAAUGGCUCGCCGCGAGCCAUCAAAAACGAGGAUUGGGACAAGAAGCAAGAAGAUGCCGAUAAGCUGAACAAGCUGGUGUCGAACAUUGGCAUGGUCUCGGUGCAAGGAGCUUCUGAUGCCAGAUACCUGGGGUCUACAUCUGGGAUAUCGUUCGCUCGCGUCGUGCUGGCUGCUGUCAAGAGUUCGGUCUCUUGCAACAACUCAGAGCGAGCUGGUGUCCGACCUAGUCGUCCGUUGCCUAAUAUGGCCACUUCGGGCGGAAGCUCCAUGAGAGAUUCGUACUUUGGCCUACAGACCAAACCCACCAUCAAAGAAGCUCCGUUCCCAGACCGACCAUUGGGUGAGAAGCUGGUCAAUUUGUACUUUGAGCAUGCCAAUCCCCAGAUCCCGAUCCUCCAUCGAGGCGAGUUCAUGGAUUUGUUUGACCGCACAUACUCGAUCGAUCCUUCGAAGCGCACCAGCCGCGAACUAUACUUACUCAACAUUGUGUUUGCGAUUGGCGCGGGCAUAAUCUGGGGAUCGUCCGAUCCCCAGCCAAAUUCUCAACAAGGGGACUAUGCCCACAAACGGGCCAGGCUUGCCAUGCAACAAGCCCAGCCCGAGGAAUAUCAUGCUUCCGCGAUUGUCAAUCUUGGGUCAUAUCUGGCUGCCAGUUCAUCCCUGGAAGCCGCUGAACGUCCCAAUGGUGAUUUGGAGGAGCUUCAAGCUGUUCUGCUACUGUGCAGUUUUGCCUUGCUUAGGCCUGUGGCCCCUGGACUCUGGUAUAUUGUGGGCGUUGCGAUGAGGCUGGCCGUUGAUCUCGGUCUGCACUAUGAAGAUGGAACUGGCAUCGACAACAAUAUCGAAGGCCACCAGGGUCCGCCGACCACGAUGGAUAUGAAGCCACCAGUGCCAGUUGACGCGAAAGAAAAGGGACGACGAGAAUGGAUCCGCGACUUGCGCAGGCGACUUUGGUGGUGUACCUACACCUUUGACCGCCUAGUCAGCACUUGCGUGGGGAGACCUUUUGGAAUCACAGACCAGGUCGUAACCACUGAAUUCCCCUCCCUACUUGAUGACAAGUACAUCACCAGAGCUGGAUUUCUGCAGCCGGCCUCACCAGACGAACCUACCUAUAAAUGGGUCUCCCACCACUAUUUCCGCCUGCGGCUCUUACAAUCUGAGAUCCUGCAAGUCCUCCAACAUCAGCAAGCUCAGCAAGCUCGCCUGAACGGCACCAAUCGCCGCAACCAGUUCAUGCACACCAAGCUGCCGUCUCCUUUUCUGAUCAAAUUCGACUCAUUCCGUUCCUGGCGACGAGACAUUGAUCAGCGACUAUAUGAUUGGAAAGAAUCAGCACCGGAGCCGUCGGAGACCGGUGUGAGUUUCUCGGUGCAAUUCUUGGAGCUCAAUUACUGGCAAGCCGUCAUUAUGCUCUACCGGCAGAGCCUCAGUGUUCCGGCACCUCUGGCAAACGAGCUCAGCCCGACCGAGGACGUAUCAAGCCCGUCAAGCAUCAGACUGGAGGAAAAAGAGGAUGAAGAUCUGGUGUUUUUGAAAUGCGCCGAAGCUGGUCAAAAGACGUUGAAACUCUACAGGCAACUUCACCGACUGCGCCUCGUCAAUUACACGUAUCUCGCGACGCACCAUCUAUUCAUGGCCGGCAUCUCCUUCUUGUAUGCUGUUUGGCAUUCUCCGGCAGUUAGAGCGCGCUUGACACUGGAUGAUUUCGACUUCACAGUCCUCGCUGCAACGUCUGUCCUAGGCGAUCUCAUGGAGAAAUGCCCACCAGCAGAAGCCUGCCGCGACGCUUUUGAGCGAAUGAGCAAAGCCACUGUUCAAAUGUGCAUGUCUACACCUGGAUUUGGCUUCUCGAUGGAACCGCGGGGAGAAUAUCAAUCACGACAACAACUCGCCCGACAAUCCAGCAUGCAGAGCCAGUCCGCACAAUCUCAGACCCAACCCAUGCCCAUGCAAAUCGACUCUUACCCUUCUUCAACGACCUCAAAUGCACCUCGCAUUGCUCCUAAACCAAUGACUAAACGACCACCGCCUAAAUUUGAUAUGGAUCUCCGCGAGCUGUUCCCCGAUGACCUCGAACCGAGUACCCGACCCUCUUUCUCCUUCCCUCAGCCACUCCAAGGCCUCCAGCAACAGAGAUCACCACAAGCGUCCAUGGCAAUGGGGCUGCCGCCCUUGCAACAGCAACCACAACAUUCCCCUCGUCAGCAACAAAUGUCCCCUGCCUCUAGUAUCAACUCGCAAAUCAACAACGGUCUCGGAAUGGCCACAUCCAACAACCCUUUGCUCUUCAACCAAACUCCUGCCUCACAGCAACCCCAGACGCAGCAGCAGCAGCAACAACAACCAUUCUACAUGCAAAACACGUACAAUCCCGACUUCAUGUCCAGCUUACCAGGCAUGGACUUCCUGAGCACCGCUAUCACCGGGGGUGGCGACGGCGAAUUCAAUCUGGACGUGGGUGGUGGGCUGGAUCUGGGCUUUGGCAUGACGGGAUUGGAUUUCCAACAUGACUGGAGCGAUGGUCAGGGUCAAUAUGACUUGUUCGAGGGCUUUUUCUUCGGGAAUGGCUACAGUGGGAACGGGUACGGUGGUGGGAAUGGGAAUAAUGGUGGUUCAGGUGGUGCUGCGGCCAGUUAGUCCUUUGGUGUCUGGGCGAGACGUGCUGCAAGGUGAUUAGGUUGAUUUUAAUGCCAUUCAAUCCAAUGCAAGCUCAAUCGACGUUGAUUACCCAGAACCAGUUUUGGAGACUCGCAAACAAUCAUUUUUAU